UUGCUCGUUCAUUCCGCUUCGUCUUGUUCUCCAAGAGUCGCAGUCCCAAGUUAUCCUACUCCACCCCGCCGAGAAAGACGCCACCGGAGUUUGGCUGCUAGAAUCCACCCAAUCUGUGGUUCUUCGUUGAUCUGUGGUUCGGGUUUCUAAGUUGAUUUUGGUUUCGGUUGCUUAUGGAGUAUUCGGCAGGCCCCUCGGAUCUAGCUUCCCCGGCAUCACAGCCGAGGAGCGGCGAUCUGGAGUCGCAGUCGUCUGACAAGGAUGCAAACACCUUAAGAGAGAUUGCACAUGUGCAUAAUUCUCAACGACCAAACCUUGCAUCCUUGCAAACACCAACGAGAAUAUUGGAAAGUCCGAUGACUUAUGCAGGGACACAUGCUUUGUCUAGUCCUGGUUCAGCAAGAGCAGAUCUACCAUCCAGGCCAAAUUCAACGAGGACCAAAUCAUCUACUAGAACCACCUUCCCCCAUAGGGGUCUUAAGGCAAAAAAUUCAAUUUCAGAGGGUGACAGGACAGUUCUCGUGAUUCCUGGAACACCAUUAGGACAACAAGAUAAUCCCUCAAUAUCAAGGGAAUUUUCUCUUGUCAGGGUCCUUUCCUCUGUUUCAACCAAGAGAACAUACUCUUUACCUGUUACACCAGUUCGCGAUCAAGGUCCAUCUACUGAACAGGAAAGACAUGCUGUGGACCUCUCUUUUCUGGAAGAAAAAGAUACGGAAAUGCAGAUCAGACGAUCACUUUCAGUACCUGGGAAUGCUAAACCUAGUGGUCUAGGAAGAAUGGAUUCAAUUGGUUUAGUACGAGUUACUUCAACAACCCCUCGUCCUGCCACAAGUGAUGUUACCAUUGAAACUGAUGUAACUGAAGAUGAUGGUGAUGCUAUUCCAGAAGAAGAGGCUGUCUGCCGAAUUUGCUUCAUUGAACUUGCUGAAGGGGGAGAAACACUUAAAAUGGAGUGUAGCUGCAAAGGAGAACUUGCACUGGCACACCAAGAGUGUGCAGUAAGGUGGUUUAAUAUUAAAGGAAAUAAGACGUGUGACGUGUGCAAGCAGGAAGUAAGAAACCUACCUGUAACAUUGCUGAGAUUACAGAAUAAUCAGACUCUCAAUAGACGUGCUGCAUAUACAACACAGCAACAAGUUGCUCAGUACAGGGUAUGGCAGGAUGUCCCUAUUCUCGUCAUGGUCAGCAUGCUUGCCUAUUUCUGCUUACUGGAGCAACUCUUAUUUGGUGAAUUGGGUUCCCGUGCUCUUGCUGUAUCUUUGCCAUAUUCAUGUGUUCUUGGUAUUCUUUCAUCCAUGAUAACUUCAACAAUGGUGAGCCAGAGCUACAUUUGGGUUUUUGCAUCAUUCCAGUUUGCACUUGUAAUCCUCUUUUCUCAUGUUUUCUAUAAUGUGCUAGGAGUAAGCCCUGUUCUUUCCAUUUUACUGUCCUCAUUUACUGGGUAUGGUAUUGCAAUCAGUAUGAACACUUUGCUCAUUGAGUAUCUAAGAUGGAGGGAUAGGAGAAAUUUAAGCUUGACACAACAUAACGAGAGUACGCAGCAGAAUGAAGCCAGAAACCUUCCUGGAGUCGCAAAUGCAACAGAUGACACACGGCAGCAAGAUUUAGAGAAUCAGAUUCCAGACCUUAAUCCUUUGCAAAUUGGACAAAAUCAUUCAUAAAGCCUUUGAGGUUUCAUCUACACACAAGAGCUCUGGUUUUGCAUGCCAUAUCACAUUGACAGACGUUUUUGUUGAUGCUUGCGAUAGGCUUGAGCAUGGAGAUUUAAACCAUGUAACCUGUGCAACCAACUUAUCCUUGUCGGAGGACAAAGACCCUUACAUUUCUCCUGUCAACUAAGCUCCAAUAGUUUUGGAAGAACAAGACUUGCACAAAGAUGCAUAAAAUAUGGAUGAGAGUUAUGUUUUGAACUUCAGCGUCUCACAUAAUUCUUUUGGAACUAACAAAGUUAGUCACCUCUUGUGGGAUAUGUAGUUCUUUUUGUUUGUUUGUUUGUAUUCUUUUCGAGAUUUCCAAAUCUUAUGUUGUUCAAGUAUUGUUUCUCUAGAC